AUGCCAGAGCCAAGCGGAUGGCAUUGCCAGCGCGAGGUACCGCCGGCCCAGUACGGGAGCCACUUCGGGGGCGGCAAGCACGGGCCAAAGGGGGGCGGCAAAGGCCAGUGGAAGGACUACGGGAAAGGGAAAGGCAAGGAUAGUGGCAAGGGCAAGCCGAGGCCACGCAGCCCCGCAGGCGGCCCCCUGGCCAGUGAGUCUGGCUACGGAGGGACAGCGGGGGAGGGGGCCAAGCGGAGCAAAACACCUCUGGAACUCGCUCAGGCAGAGGCCGACUUCUGGGCGAAGACAGUGGGCGCUGACCAUCCCAAGCGCCUCGCAGCAGCGCAGCAGCUUACUGUGCUCAGGCAGCAAAAGUUCCUCAGCCUGCCACUGCCCGAGCAGGCCCAAAAGCUGCGGAAGUCCAUCGCCGACGCGACGGCAGAGGUCCAGAAGGACAAGGAAAAAUUCCUCAGUCUGGAGACCCAGAUCGAUCAGCUAGUGGACGAGUAUGAGUCCCUCGGGGCCAAAGUGAAUCACCGCAUCGGCCAGAUCAAGGAGAAACUCGAGCAGCUCAAGGUCACCGAGAAGGCCAUCCAGCCGCAGACCUCGGCACAGACCGGAGACCCCUCGUUGGAGGAGGUGUUGGACUAUGUGAAAGCCCACCCGGAGUCGGUGCACCUGGGCCAGGAUGAGAUCUGCCGCCUCGUCAAGGCCGCAGCGCGAGCAGAUACCAGCGCGCACACAGCGGCAGCGGCGGAAGAGGCCCCGGUCCCGCCUCUCCCGCAGGCGUCCUUCGCAGGGCGGAUCCGCGACAUGAACAGCAAAGGCGAGAGAAUCUCAGCCGAAUUAGCCAGCGUCCAAGAGGCCGUGGAAGCGGUGGAAAAGGAGCAGCCAUCUGCGGCCCCCCCAGGGGCACUCGGCGGCGCCCCAGCAGCAGCGCCCCCCGCCGCGGCAUCAAGCCCACAAGCUCCCGAGGGUGCAGGCAUCAAAGGCGCCCCGCCCGCCACCGGCCCCAAGGGCCCGGCCUUGGGAGCUGACCACUACGGGGGCGACGUGGACGCCAAGCUGCUCAGCGGCCUGCGCCGAGGACAUGGCGUGGAGUGGGUGGGCACCGUGGGCGCCAUCCUGGGCAGCGUGCAGGCCGCGGGAGAGGCAGCGGAGGCAUCCAGGGCGGGCAACGCCGCCGCGGGCCAACCUGCUCGCGACGUGAACCCUCCGGGCAGCGCCCCCGAGCCGGGGCGGCCCCCAGAGGCUGCGGAGGAGCUGCUCAUUAUGGGCGCCAACGUGAAUGCGUGGAGCAGCUGGACGGUCCUCCACCAGUGGAUCGACGAGCAGGUGGCCGGCGGGGGGCUAGAGGCGAAGCCACAUGCCUUUUGCCUCCAGGAGACCAGGCUGAAGAGCGAAGCAGCGCUGAUCUCGGCGCGCAGCCAGGCAGCCCUCGCCAACAGGAGAAUCACGCUGGGCAAGGCGUGCUCGACUGGCCGCGGGGCCCUGGAGAGCUCGGGCGGGGUCGCAGUCAUGGCGCACCGCGGGAUUGCUUCGGCGGCCGAGCGUCUGGACGUUGGGGACCUCGGGCGCCGGAUAUGUGGGCGCCGCCUCGGCGCAGCAGUGCCGGGCGGAGUGGUGCUUCUGUCCGUAUACUGUGAGCACAGCGUGGGAGCGGCGGGGAACGCCGAGCUCCUCGAGCGCCUGGCCAGGAUCACCCUCAGCCUCGAUGCCAUGUGGGUCAUCCAGGCGGACUGGAACAUGACGGGGGUGGAACUCGAGGCAUCAGGCUUCGUUGCCCUGGUGCGCGGCGCGGAAGAGGCAGGCCGCACCAUAGACUUCUUCGUCAUGUCGCAGGCCCUGCGGAGCUGUGUGCGCUCCGUCCAGGCGCCCCCAGAGGCACCGCUACAUCCGCACGCCCCGAUACUGGCCAAGCUGGCGGGGCUGCGCAGUGACCAAGUGGCGCCCAGGCCGCUCCGCUUCAAGGCCUUCUGUCACACCCCGCUCAUAGGGCCCAAGCAGGACCAGCUGCCAUUUGCCUGGAGCUGGGAGGCUGGGCGGUCCGGCGAGGCUCCGCUGGAAAUCAUGGUCAAGGAGUGGUUUGCCUUUGCGGAGCAAACGCUCGUCCGGGACCAAGGGACCGAGGCAGAGGACGCUCACAAAUACAUAGGCCGCUGCACCGCCCCCCAGCUAAAGCAGGUAAGGCUGGAGGACCUGUGGCAUCGUGAAUACCGCGGGAGGUUCUCGAGCUCGACCAUCGCCUGGAUCAGCCUCCUGUCGCUGCUCGGGAAGGCGGCGACAGCGGCCUCCAACCAUCCUGGCCCCAGGGCUGGGGCGGCCCCAUCCAGCUUCCGCAGGGGCAAGGGCUCAUCCUUGCUACAGCAGUGGAAGCGCAAGCUGCUAGCGAUGGCCGAGGAGUCGGACUUCUCCGAGGCGGUGCUGACCAAGCCUCGCCUCCUCGAGCUUGUCGAGGUGGCGACGAGCCCAGGAGGCUGGGAAGCCGCGGGCUUCGGCGAGCACGACGGCAACGGCUGCAGC